AUGGCACAGGACCAGGAUUACGAGAUCUUCAAGCUCGGCGACUGGGAGUUGCAGAGCGGAGAGAAGAUCAUAGAUGCCCACAUCGCAUACAAGACGUUCGGAGAUCCCAAGUAUCCGGCAAUUGUCUACCCGACCUGGUACUCUGGGUCGGAGUGUGAAGUCAUUUCGGACAAUUACUGGUUGAUUGGAGAAGACAAGACCUUGAACCCACGAAAGUACUUCAUCAUCAUCCCCGCGCUCUUCGGCAAUGGGCAGUCGUCUUCUCCAUCAAACCAAGCACCUUCUUCCCCUAAUAGGCCCUUCCCGAGAUGUUCUUUCUACGAUAACGUCCGCGCGCAGCAUACUCUGGUCACGCAGCACUUCGGAAUCACUCACUUGCGAGCGGUAGUCGGCUGGUCCAUGGGUGCAGCUCAGAGUUUCCAAUGGGCCACACAAUACCCAGAUUUCAUGGACUUGAUUGUGCCGUUCUGCGGUUCAGCGAGAACGUCCCUGCACAAUCAAGUCUUUCUUGAGGGAGUCAAGAGCGCCAUGUUGGCCGCAAAGAAGAUCCCGUCCGCUGGCUCCGGUGAAGGGGGUGUCGCGGUCCAAGGACAGCCAUAUAGAACAUGGACGGCAGAGGAAAAGGAGGUUGGUAUGAAGGCUUUUGGCAGAGGUUAUGCUGGAUGGGGAUUCAGCCAAGCCUUCUACAGGGAGAGGCUUUACGAGAAGGUCCUGGGAUUUAAAGACCUGGAAGACUUCAUGACCUGGCAGAACGGAGACGUGUCGAAGCAAGAGCCCUACAACGGCGAUUUUGAAAAGGCUCUCUGUUCAAUCAAAGCAAAGACCUUGGUGUUGCCCAGCAAAACCGACCUCUACUUUCCACCUGAAGACUCCGAGUAUGAAGUUGCUUGCAUGCAACCGGGGAUUGGACAACUGGAUGUCUUCCCUUCGAUCUGGGGCCAUUGGGCCGGAGGUCCUGGAGACAGCAAAGAAGACGUCGAGUGGCUGGAUAUGAAAAUGGCCAAAUUCUUCUCCGAGAACUAG